GUGAUGUCCGGCUCCGGCCUACGUGCCGGAUGCAGCAUAUGAGAUAAUUUAAAAUAGAUAUAAGAGCGCAAGGUUUUGCCGCUCAUUUUCUUUCCUCCAGCCCAAGUACCUGCGCCUGCGCACCGUUUUCUCUUUCUCUCCCCCUCACUCGCAGGUCCCUUCGUUAUCCCCCCUUUGCUUUCGUUGUCGUCGUAUUCUCCAUUAUGUCUUCCCGCGACGCGUCCAAGGGUGUUCCGUCAAACCUCCUGGCUUUCCCCAGCCUGUCUUCGUCUCUCCAUGCUCUGCCACAGGCCACCAGCAUGAAUGGUGUCUCCCUACACCCUAACAUGUAUAGCCAACCUGCCAGCGAGGCAAAGCUACAAAAGGCCUUGUCGAACAAGGCAGCCCACCCUUCCCAAAACCCUGCUAUGGCCCCGUACAUGCGACCCGCCACUCCAUCGUCACAUUGCGAUUCCUCACCUCUCAUGAUGCGGAAGCCGGUACGUUUUCUCUUUACCCUCGGAACGCGUAGGAUUCUGAUAUUGGCGCCGAUACAGCAAAAAUCAAAAUGAACGCGUCGUUCAAUCAUCUUUCUUCCCUCUGGUCUUUUGGUGUUCAUUUAGAACCUACAGGGACUCUGUAGACCCCCCUCUCUUGGCUGUUUGCUAGUCUUCAGCUAUAUGUUGCAUUUUGCUUUCGUCGGGCUUUCGUUUGCAUCACAUCACAUCACAUAGAACAUCAUGCAUCCUUCAUCCAUCAUCUUCAUCGACUUCAUUUUUUCUCACUUAUCUUGGGCUUUUGUGCAUUUCUACCUUACUCUAUAAUUUGGAUAUUAUAGUAUAGACACCUUCGGGUCCUGCUGCAAUUGUAUGGGUACUGCGUGCUUCUUCGGAACUAUUUGUCGGUCUUUUGACAUGACCGUGAACAUUCGAACUGUAAUAUGAGUUGAAUAUUGAAUAUUCAUCCAUGUUCGCGGGUGAUGUUACGUCAUUAUAUUGAAGAGGAUUUA